AUGGCGAGGCCCGAGGAGAGCUGGGCGCGGAACACGUCCCCGGGGGACGACGCGUCCACGAGCCACGCGCCCCACCCGGAGGGCGCCUCGCCGGACUUGCUGCGGAACACGCCGUCCAACAUCGCUAGGCUCGAGGACGCGAUCGAGAACUGCGCCGCCCGCCGCAAGUACCUCGCUCGCACCAAGAGCCCCUCCGACGGCGAGGACGUCCGCUGGUACUUCUGCAAGCUCCCCCUCGGGGACAGAGUGCUCUCUUCUUCAGUUCCACGGACGGAGAUAGUUGGGAAAGGAGACUAUUUCAGGUUCAGCAUGAGGGACUGUUUGGCGUUGGAGGCGUCUUUCUUAGAGAGAGAAGAAUCACUACUUGGGUACUGGUGGAGGGAGUAUGCGGAAUGCAGUGAAGGGCCAACAGGUUCCUUGGUUAAAGCUGAUAUGUCAGACUCUGAAUAUUUGUAUAAGGUGGAGGAGGAGCGGGUUGGGGUUCCUGUGAAAGGUGGACUAUAUGAGAUAUUUUCUGAAGUUCGAGACAAGAUUCCCAAAGAAAAUGGUUCAAUUUACCAUGCUAGGAGAGGGGAGAUGGGUGACCGGCGCCUCCACCUUGGCUCCAUGGAGGGGAGAUGGAGGACCGGCGCCAGGAGGGGAGAUGGGGCCUCGGCGGCGGCUUAUGGCGAGGUUGAUUUGAUGAGACGUCAUUGCUUCCCUGUAUAUUGGAAUGGUGAGAAUAGACGUGUUUUGAGAGGCCACUGGUUUGCUCGAAAAGGAGGUCUCGAUUGGAUUCCCUUGCGUGAAGAUGUUUCUGAACAACUUGAGUUAGCAUAUAAGUACCAGGUCUGGCAUCGUCGUAAAUUUCAACCUUCAGGCCUGUUUGCUGCGCGGGUCGAUCUCCAAGGAAGUACACCGGGAUUGCAUGCUCUUUUUACAGGAGAGGAUGAUACUUGGGAAGCUUGGCUUGUCUUUGAUACAGGUCCUAAACUAGGCAGCAACACAAUCAAAUUAAGGCGUGGUUUCUCUUCUUCUGGAUCUGCAAAUCCUACCCAGGAUGAGUUGCGUCAACAGAAAGAAGAGGAAACAGAUGAUUACUGCUCUCAGGUUCCAGUUGGUCAUUUGGUAUUCAUGGUUCAUGGUAUCGGACAGAGAUUGGAAAAAGCUAAUCUUGUUGAUGAUGUAGUCGAUUUCCGCCGUGUGACCGCUAACCUAGCCGAUAGAUACUUAACUCCUUAUCAAAGAAGUACACAGAGGGUCCUAUUUAUUCCCUGUCAGUGGAGGAAGAGUUUAAAGCUCGGUGGUGAAAACACAGUCGAGAAGAUCACUUUGGAUGGAGUUAAAGGUCUUCGCGUAGCGUUAGGUGCCACCGUUCAUGAUGUUCUAUAUUACAUGAGUCCUAUCUACUGUCAGCAUAUAAUUGACUCGGUCUCGGGUCAGCUGAACCAACUGUAUAUGAAGUUUCUGAAGAGAAAUCCUGGUUACAGUGGAAAGGUAUCAUUAUAUGGCCAUUCGUUGGGAAGUGUUCUAACGUAUGAUAUACUUUGCCACCAAGAAUCCCUUUCUGCCCCAUUUCCAACAGAUUAUUUUAAGAUGGAAGUUUCGUCUGAUGAAGGCCAAGUAGGAAAAGGACCCAACACAAUUGAUGUUAUUGACUCUGGUGUAAAAGAGCAUGAUACUUCUUCCACUUCAGGGCAUUCAUGUGUAGAUAAUGUAAAUCGUGUGGAUCAAGAGAGCACCAGAACUGAUCAUUCACUUACAGACAAGACUGUUCUGCCAUGUGUGCUUGAAAAUGUGCCAAACAAUGAUGAUGCACUUGAAUCACCUAUUCCAGUUGAUGGGGUGCAAACUGAAGUCGAAAAUCAGGUUGAGAAUCAUCAAAUGACAUAUACUGAAGGAGCUACUCCAGCUGUAAGCACAAAAGAUGCUGAUGAGUGCAUUUCAAGAUCCGCCAAGGAACUCCAUGUGGUCCCUGACAAAGACAGAUUAAUCUCAUCACUAGAAGAAGAGGUGAGCCAUCUUAAAGCUAAACUAGCGGAACUUGAGCGACAGAGUGAUUCAGUGAUUCAAAGCAUCAGUAGUGUUCAGUCUCAUCAAGAUAAAGAUGCUAAUGAUACAGUGAGCCUAGUAUCAGGCAAACUUAACAUAGGGCAAGGUAGCACAAGUCAGUCCUACAGACCACGUAUUAGAUACACUAAACUAAAUUUUAAGGUUGACACAUUCUUUGCUGUUGGAUCCCCUUUGGGAGUCUUCCUGUCGCUGCGGAAUGUCCGUAUUGGUGUUGGCAGGGGACAAGAUUAUUGGCAAGACAAGAACGUUGUUGAAGAGAUGCCAUGCUGCAGGCAGAUGUUCAACGUUUUUCAUCCUUUCGAUCCUGUAGCAUACAGAGUUGAACCACUUGUAUGUGAAGAUUAUGUGAACAAGCGCCCUGUUGUUAUACCCUACCAUAGAGGCGGAAAGAGGAUACAUGUUGGAGUGCAGGAGUUCACAGAAGACGUUGCUGCACGUUCUCAGGCUAUUGCCCGUCAAUUCAAGUCAUUGAAGGUCAAAGCGGUAGCUGCCUUGUUAUCACUGAGCAAAAAUGACACGGAAGAGGACGAUGAGAGCACCAAGGAGGAGGAGAGAUCAUAUGGUUCCAUGAUGAUGGAAAGGCUGACUGGUUCACCGGAUGGUCGAGUUGAUCAUGUGCUUCAGGAGAAAACAUUUCAACAUCCAUAUUUAUCCGCUCUGGGAUCUCAUACCAACUACUGGCGGGAUCAUGAUACUGCUCUCUUCAUUAUCAAACAUUUGUACCGUGAUAUACCUGAAGAACCUCCAACUGAUGGAACUGGAAGUGCACCCAUUAGACUGUUCUAUGUGAGGGAUCCAAUUGCUGAAGACACUCCCCUGACAUUUUCAGACCACUCCUCAGUUAAGGAAUUCUCCAGAAAGGUGAAAACUUACUCGAGAAAGGGGGAGGAUGAUGCAAACUGUGAAGCCUCUUGA